UCCAGCCAUAAAGAAAGCAAAAGCUAGAACAAAAUAAGACAUGCCCAAUUAAAGAGCUGUCCUCUCCAGUACUUGCACAAUACAACAAAAUAACCCCAAAUUAGAGAAACCCCAAGUACAAUAACUAACCCUAACCAGACCAGCUUGCCACCGUGGCUGCCGUUGCCGCCUCCAUCAGGAAACCAAAGGACAGAGGAGCUGUGAAGAGGGAUCUGUAGAGAAUGGAGUUGGGAAGCAAGCCACCAAUAUUCAUCAUACUCAAGUGAUCCAUAAAUUGGUCAAUAGAGACCAUUGAGCCUCCUCUUCACUUCGACAAAUUGGACCAAAUUAUCAGAAAGUAUUGUAGGAUUUAAUUAUGUUCAAGUUAAUAAUUAAUUAAUAGGUUAUCUCUGCGAGAGAGAGAGAGAGAGAGAGAGAGAGAGAGAGAGAGAGAGAUGGGUAAGGGUGUUUGGAUGUUGAAAUUUUUGAAUUACAUUUAUCUUAUUUUCUGGAAUAUUUGGUAUGGUGUCAUUUUAUUUCAAUUAACAAGAGAGAGACACUACUAGAAAAAGGCUCAACAGGGACCUUUUAUUCCAUUGAGGGCUUUUGGGCGAUUCAGACGGCAACCAAACAAGAAGGAGGAGCAGGAAGAAGGAAGAGAGAGAACCCACCAGCAAUCGCCGUCGCACCCAGCGCCGUCUCAGAUUCAUUUGGUUGGGUGGGUUUCUUACGCAGCUUAAGAUAAGUUUGAGUUUAUGGUUUUAGAAGCAAGGUGUUCACCAGUUCUGCUUCACUAAGCAUUUUGCACCCUUGCUAGAGCAGAUAGCAAAAUUGGAGGAAGCCCUUUUCAACAUCCAAUUUGAACAACAUUGGUUAAGAGGUUGGGACUGACCACCAGGCAACAGAUCGACAACGUGUUCGUUUGUUUAAAGCCGGUGUAGUUUGCAGGUCCAAGAGAAAGAAGGCAUAAAAUCAGCUUCGAACAACCAAAACCACUCCUAAACCCUCUCAGUUUCAGACUUCAGAGCUGAGAGAGAAAUGUUUCGGAGCCGAGUCGUACCGUUGUUUGUGAAGAAGAACAGCAAAGAUCUGUACAAUCUCUGGGGAAAGACGCCGUCUAGGGUUCUGAACGAGGAAUCUUUUCGAUUAUUCUCUACUGGAGCCACACGAAAAUGCUUGGAUGGCUUUCGAUCUUUGUCUAAGGGAAAUUAUGUACCAUCUAUAAGGAAUAUGUCCACUGUUGCUUCUGUAGGCAUCGAAAAUAAGGAGGGAUUGAAGCUUCUUGUAAAUGGAGGACCUCGUGCUCAGAAAAUGGUUGGCAUUUGGCUUUUUGGCUCUGCUGCAUGGGUGUUUAGUAUGGUGAUACUUGGCGGUAUUACACGACUAACGCGAUCUGGUCUUUCGAUGACUGAUUGGAAAUUUACUGGGGGGCUUCCUCCUCUCUCAGAUGAGGAUUGGUUGCUUGAGUUUGGGAAGUACAAGCAGUCCCCUGAGUUUAAGCGUGUAAAUCGAGGGAUGAGUAUUGAAGAUUUCAAAUUCAUCUAUUGGAUGGAAUAUGCACAUCGAAUGUGGGGAAGGGCACUGGGAAUUAUGUUUGCAUUACCCUUCUCAUAUUUUCUCCGUAAGGGUUAUAUUACUGUACAACUUGGACUGAGACUGUCUGCUCUUUUUGGUCUUGGUGCUGGGCAGGGUUUAAUUGGUUGGUGGAUGGUUAAAAGUGGUUUAGAGGAGCCAGCAUCUGAAUAUGCCCAGCCAAGAGUAAGCCCUUACCGUCUUGCAGCUCAUCUUACUUCAGCCUUUGCUAUAUAUUGUGGCCUUUUAUGGACCGGUCUUUCUGUUGUCAUGCCUGAACCACCUUCUGAAUCACUAGCUUGGGUUCGUGGGGCAGCAAAGGUGAAGCAACUUGCUCUUCCUGUAAGCUUACUUGUCGGAGUAACUGCUGUCUCAGGAGCAUUUGUUGCCGGGAAUGAUGCUGGGCAUGCUUAUAAUACUUUUCCAAAGAUGGGGGAUACAUGGAUCCCAGAGGAUGUUUUUGACAUGAAGCCACUAAUCCGGAACUUCUUUGAGAAUACAUCUACUGUGCAGCUUGAUCAUCGUAUCCUUGCAACUGCAACUUUAUUUUCAAUUGGUGCUUUGUGGUGGUCAACAAGGAAGUUUGACAUACAUCCUGCAGUUCGGUCUUUGAUUGGUAGUGCUGUAGGCAUGGCUGGCCUUCAGGUCACACUGGGAAUAUCUACACUGUUGUCAUAUGUGCCUGUAGAACUUGGUACAGCACACCAAGCUGGGGCUUUGACUCUCCUGACACUGAUGAUCCUUCUCAAUCACACUUUGCGUAGGCCAUCGCCGUAUCUUCUUAAAUCACUACCUCAAGUUGCAAAGACAAUCUAGAUGACUUUGUAGUACAAUUUUAGAACAACUAUUUGACAUUUUAAUUGGAUGAAAGAAAAAGAUUUAUUUGAUUCUUGUGCUC